AUGGAUUCCGACCUUCCAAUCAAGCCUGUCGACCAAGACUGGGACCCCGGAACCUUCGACUUUGGGUUUGAAGACAACAUCGUUGAACUCAUCGAGGAUCUCCUCAAGGAAGAUUCCUUGGACCUCUCAUACUUGGCCGAGCCCACCAUCCCGUCACGUCCAGUCUACGAGCCAGGCAGCCCAGAGGACACCCGAGAGAAGCGCUACACCCCGCGUGGAGGGGCAUGGUGCGGCCAUGAGGCAGUCCUGCGUACCUGGUCCACAGCCACAUCUCCCAAAUGUCAGCACUGCGGGAACACUGAUCGAUGGCUUUGGACGUGCAUCGCAGACACGCCAGACUAUUCACCAUUCUCUCCCGACACCGAGCCAAUCAUCCGUGAUGUCAGUAUCCUCGCGCCGUGGGUGCAGAAGGCCAUCGUCCGCGGCGAGUACACCGACGCCCAGGUCACAAAGUUAUUGGACCAGAAGAUCAAAGUGCUAGAGCUGUCAGCCUCAGAGCGACGCCGAGUUACACAGGAAGGGAACAAACAGCCUGCUGGGAGCUCCAAGGUACUGGCCGCAUCGCUCAGCCAGGCGGUCGAGAGCCAACUUGCCAACGACGAUGAGAGUACCUCGGACAAGACCAUCACACCAACUCUACCAGAGAAAACGGAGCCCGCUACGACUUGCCGCCUACUCGCCUGUCUGGCUUGCAAGCCUCGAUUCAUCGAACAAGCCUGGGGCUGUAUCAACGCCAUCAUCAACGAGCCAUACCUCGCACCACCUCGAAUCCCAGAAUACCUGGAUCGACCACUCUCGAAUGCCGCCACGCUGCGUAAUAUGCACGAGCACUGCCGGCACUGGGACUGGAGCCCUGAAUUCCAACUGUGGUGGGAAACGGCUCGAUUCGUUGGCGGGUACGAUCUCCUCCCUAUGCUUUUGAUGGCCGAAAUGAUCGGGUCUAACCAGACGCAUUUCAUCGAUUUUAUAGGCCACAUGGUUCUCUACCGCCGCAUGACACGCAGUCAGAUGUGUCAGUGCCUUUACCUGUUAAGCCCCCAGGCGUGUACACAACUCGUCCCGUUCCUCGGCGACAACGCGUGGUCUAUCCCAAUUCAUCCGGAACGGCUGGCUGUGGAACUAGGCGUUCAGCCAAUCCAGGAAGAGGAAGAGAGCCAGUGA